GCUUUGCACCAGUGAAAGUAAACUAAUCCUACUCUGGUUGCGUUCGUGCCAAGAACGGGCGGAGACACAAAAAGUUAAAGGAACGGUCUCAGAUUGGCUAUGUUGCUAAAUCUAUUUUAAUAAUUCGUGAAGUAGGCAACAAGAAAUUGUGUUUGUGGAAUUAUUCACACUAAAGUGUUUUUGUAUCUGAAAGGAAAAGGUAAGAUGCAUCGAUUAUCCUAAUAGGCUUUUAGAUUGUAUAACGGUCCGCCCUGGAGGUUUGACUUUUGUUGUCUAGUCAACCAUCAUUUAAAUAAAGUGCUAAAGGGCUCCAGAGCGCUAGGAUGUCAGUGAGCGUGACGACGGACAUCAACGCAGAUAAACUGACCGACAGACAGCAGGCUCUGCUCGAGAAAGGCGAGCAGAAGGCAUUGGGGGUGUCCCAAGUAAUGAUUGGUGUGAUGGUGAUGUCCUACUCCCUCCCCCUCCUCUCCACUGAAUUCACAGAGGUCGUGACCUUUGGGGUGCCCUGGUGGAGCGGCCUAUCGUACAUAGCAGCAGGAGUCGUUGCCAUAGUGAUGGAGAAACACAGCAGUAUGAAAUUGCUGGGUGUGUGUAUGGUGGUGACACUGGUGGCCAUUUUGGUUUCUCUCCUGGCCCUCAUCUUCUACUUCAUCGACCUCCACAACAAUCCAGAGACACCGUGUAACCACCCCCUGGCCCCCGCAACACACUACAUACAGGUGUAUGAAUGUGACCACCAGCACUAUGCCACUAUGUUCAGUUAUGGAGUAAAGACGUCCCUCCUUCUCUUCACCAUCAUCCAGAUCUCCAUCUCCUCAACGCUCUCUUACAUCCUGUACAUGGAGAGGAGGCGUUACGGAACAUACUCAACUCUGGUGGACGAGGCCCGUGAAGGCAACAUGUUGAGGAUCACGCGGACCGAGCAGCUCACCACCAUGCUGGCCUACCUGACCUGCAAGGCUCAAGCCUAGAGGAACAAGUAAAGGAAGAAGACUUUGAAAUGUGUCCUAAAUGGCACCCUAUACCCUAGUGCACUACUUUUGACCAGGUCCAUAGGGAAUGAAAUAAACACUACUUUUCACUGGGGCCCGGGAUAACACUUGAAGGAAUACACUUUUAUUUCACGUAUGUUCAUACAGUUAUUUUAGUUAUUUUGCGUGUGAUAUAUAGACCUAUUGCUACUACAUUUAAAAAAAAUUGUCGAACAAAUAGACAACGGGAGAUGAGGGUAUGAAAAUAAAGGUUGGUAUAAAAUA